GCCGCUUGCAGCUUUGACACGAGGGCUGUGGAAGUAUAUAACAUCUAAGCUUUGACUGUCCGGCCAGGAACCACAGCUCGAACAUUCAAACCCAAAAGAGAGAAGAGACAGACACCUGGAGACAAUGAAGACCACGCUAGCCACUCUGACUCUGUGCCUGGUGCUCAUCAUGGCCACGGGCUUUCCACUGGAGAAGAAAGGGAGCACGGAGAAGGAGAAACGUGUGCAGUUCGCAGCCUGGGACGAUGUCAAUGUCAUUGCCCACGGCCUCCUGCAGCUGGGCCAGGGUCUCAAGGAGCAUGUGGACAAAACCAAAGUCCAGAUGAGGGACAUCUUCACCAAGCUCAAGGUCUACAACCGCACCGUCGGCGAGCUGGGCAAGGAGAGCCAGAGGCUGAGGGCCGAGGGGGAGGCCCUGAAGGCUCGGGCCCGGGGGCUGGAGGACAGAGAGGGGCAGCUGCUCAAUGUCACGGCCGAGCUAAGGGAGACCACGGACGAGAUGCGGCAGGAGAGGGCGGCGUUGAAGGACAGGUUGAGCCGGCUGGAGGAGACUCUGGAAAAUUCGGUACUGGGGGACAUGAAGAAUGGCACAGAUGCACACAGCAUCCAGAUAAUGCUGGAGGCUCAAAACAGACGCAUCGACGAUCUGAUGGAACGAAUGAAACUGCAGCAGGAGAAGCUCGACAAGCAGAACGUGCGCAUUAGAACCCUGCAAAGUCAGAUUCAACAGUCAAGGCAAAGGUCGUUCACCAACACCGAAGGCUUCGUUGCAAGCGGCGGCGCCGAGCAACGCGACUCACCAGUCGAGUUGGCAUCAGACUGCUACGAGUUGUUCCUGCGAGGGGAGACCACCAGCGGGGUCUACACCAUCCAGCCAGAAAACAUGAACCCCUUCCCAGUCUUCUGUGAGAUGACAGCGGACGGCGGAUGGACUGUGGUCCAAAAGCGACAGGAUGGUUCUGUGGAUUUUGACCAGCUGUGGUCUGCCUACGAGAAAGGCUUUGGCAGCCUCAAUGGCGAGUUCUGGUUAGGAUUGGAAAAGAUCUACUCCAUAGCCAAGAACGGCGGCUACAUCCUGAAAAUCAAGCUGUCCGACUGGGGGGAUGACUUGGCGUCCAUCCGCCUACCUUUCCACCUGGGUGGAGCGGAGAGCAAGUACUCGCUCCAGAUCCAGGAGGUCGGCACUUUCAGUCCUCUGGAAAGAUCGCUGGGCUCCGACGCCGCUUCCGGUCUGCCUUUCUCCACCCGCGACCAUGACAACGACCACAAGAAUGACACCAAUUGCGCCAAGCAUCUUUCCGGUGGCUGGUGGUUCAGUAACUGUGGUCAGUCCAACCUCAAUGGGCGAUUCUUCCAGAGCCCGCCGCCCAAACAGCGGCACCAGAGAAAGCAGGGAAUCUUCUGGAAGACCUGGAAGGGGCGCUACUACCCUCUCAAAUCCAGCAUGAUGAUGAUCGCCCCUGCCGUGAUCGAGGGGAAAUCUUAAAGCAAAAAACACAUGGCGGGCAAGGUCAAGACAAAAGAGGGGGAGAAAGAUGUAGAUUUUGGACUAUUCUUUCUUUAUUAUUAAACUUGGUUCAUGUGGUGGAGGUUUUCACCCUCACACCUCAUCCAAGGCCCUCAACAUAGAUGCGGGAAAAGAGGGUGCGGUCUCCUUUCCCGGCAUUCCCGAGUCACAGAUGAGAAGUCGGCAACAAGUGGGACGGUUUUGACUACUGCGAGUCGCAGCACGUCCGCUGCAUCGCCAAUCCGACCAGAAUUUCCCAACAAGUUAAAGCUCAUCAGCAGUUGUUUGGAGGCUGAGAAUCUGCAACGUUAAUGCAAAGCCAGUUAAAAAAAAUGGUCUAUAGUAGUUGGAGGCCAUUUUCUUUCUCAGGCAAAUUUAACCUUCUGGGCUUUUUGAAUCCAAUUUGCUUCCUUUUAUUUUAUUUUAGCUGUGUUACUGCAAAACAUCCCAAGGAUUGGAGGUAUUUGUCUGAUUUUCUGAUUUCCAACUUCAGCUCUUUAAUAUAGAUAGCAAUCAUGUACUGUACUGUUUACAUCAAAUUGAACCUUGUGGCUCGAUCGUGGACACUUUUGGCCAAUGAAAACCCAUGAAGAUGAAAAGAAAAUUGCUGGGGUUGUUUAUAUUUUCCACCAGAUUGCAUCAGGCAUUAAAUCGCUAUACAGAUGAUAACUUCCAGCAAGGAAUUUUUUUUUUUUUUUAAGAGGCCAGUGAUAUGGACUUUUUGAUGACCAAAAGAGCUCCCUCUUGCAUGAACAUGACGAAAUAGUAGUAUAGAAGACUUUGAUGUAAAGUUGAAAUCACUGUACACUGACGCUUGAUGAUGUUUAAAGAUGUUCUUAGCUUCCUUUAUGAGCUUCACACAACGUCAUUGAAAACCAUUCCACCUACUCAAUCACGUAAUGUAUAUUCUUCAUUAUUUUUAAAGGUGGAGAUUUGCACAAUUUUAAGUCAUAUUGACUUCUUUACCAAUAUUGUACCACAGUGUAACAAGGAAUAAUGUCAUUUGUCUUAUGUUACUCGUGUUGUUGUCGUUCCUUUUUCUUAUUUAAAUGCUGUCAAAAGAAAGAUCUUAUAUUUGUAAUUUAUAUUGUCUUGUUUAAUGUGUGUUUUUUAAAGAGACCUUUUUGGCCUUCUGUAGCCAAUAAAAUAGGGUUAAACUGC